AUGGAGGACGCUCACUCGAAAUCCGUGGACGAGGUCUUAGGAUUCUUCGGCACGGAUCCAGACAAGGGUCUAACACCAGAUCAAAUCAAAAGGAACCAGGACAAAUAUGGGCCAAAUGAACUGCCUGCAGAGGAAGGCAAAAGUAUAUGGCAGUUAGUAUUGGAACAAUUUGAUGAUCUGUUAGUCAAGAUUUUGCUGUUAGCCGCUAUUAUUUCCUUUGUAUUAGCUUUAUUUGAGGAACACGAAGAUGCCUUCUCAGCAUUCGUAGAACCUUUCGUUAUUUUACUAAUUCUUAUCGCUAACGCCGUAGUAGGAGUAUGGCAGGAAAGAAAUGCAGAAUCCGCCAUCGAAGCUUUAAAAGAAUACGAACCCGAAAUGGGUAAGGUAAUCAGAGGCGACAAAGCCGGCGUGCAAAAAAUUCGCGCCAAGGAGAUCGUACCCGGUGACGUCGUGGAGGUGUCCGUCGGUGAUAAAAUCCCCGCCGAUAUCCGCCUCAUCAAGAUCUAUUCGACGACCAUCCGUAUCGACCAGUCCAUCCUGACUGGAGAAUCCGUUUCGGUCAUCAAGCACACAGACCCGAUCCCCGACCCCCGCGCCGUCAACCAAGACAAAAAGAACAUUCUCUUCUCCGGAACCAAUGUUGCUGCAGGUAAAGCCCGCGGUAUCGUCAUCGGUACCGGUCUCAACACUGCCAUCGGUAAGAUCAGGACGGAAAUGUCCGAGACUGAGGAAAUCAAGACACCCCUGCAACAGAAAUUGGACGAGUUCGGUGAACAACUGUCUAAGGUCAUCUCCGUCAUCUGCGUCGCCGUAUGGGCCAUCAACAUCGGUCACUUCAACGACCCCGCCCACGGUGGCAGCUGGAUCAAAGGUGCCGUCUACUACUUCAAAAUUGCUGUGGCUCUAGCCGUCGCUGCCAUUCCAGAAGGUCUCCCCGCCGUCAUCACCACCUGUCUCGCUCUCGGAACGAGGAGGAUGGCUAAGAAGAACGCCAUUGUUAGGUCUCUGCCAUCUGUAGAAACCUUGGGUUGCACAUCCGUCAUUUGCUCAGACAAAACCGGUACAUUAACCACCAACCAGAUGUCCGUCUCCCGUAUGUUCAUAUUUGAAAAGAUCGAAGGCGGCGACAGCAGCUUCCUCGAAUUCGAGAUCACCGGAUCCACCUACGAACCAAUCGGUGAAGUUUACCUUAAAGGCCAGAAAGUCAAGGCCGCCGAGUUCGACGCUCUUCAUGAACUGGGCACAAUCUGCGUUAUGUGCAAUGACUCAGCUAUCGACUUCAACGAGUUCAAACAGGCCUUCGAGAAGGUCGGUGAAGCCACUGAGACCGCUCUGAUCGUUCUCGCCGAGAAGAUGAACCCCUUCAACGUGCCCAAGACUGGCCUCGACCGUCGUUCGUCUGCCAUCGUCGUCCGCCAAGAAAUUGAAACCAAAUGGAAGAAGGAAUUCACCCUCGAGUUCUCCCGUGACAGGAAAUCCAUGUCCACCUACUGUUCCCCACUUAAGCCCUCUCGUCUCGGCAACGGACCCAAAUUGUUCGUCAAGGGUGCGCCCGAAGGUGUAUUGGAACGUUGUACCCACGCUCGUGUCGGAACCAGCAAAGUCGCCCUCAACUCUACCCUCAAGAGCCGCAUUUUGGACCUCACUCGUCAAUACGGUACCGGCCGCGACACCCUCCGUUGCUUAGCUCUGGCUACAGCCGACAACCCGAUGAAACCCGAAGAGAUGGACCUCGGUGACUCUACCAAGUUCUACACAUACGAAGUCAACCUCACCUUCGUCGGUGUCGUGGGUAUGUUGGACCCUCCCCGUAAAGAAGUCUUCGACUCGAUCGUCCGUUGCCGUGCCGCCGGUAUCCGUGUCAUUGUUAUCACUGGUGACAACAAGGCCACCGCUGAGGCUAUCUGCAGACGUAUCGGUGUGUUCACUGAAGACGAGGACACCACUGGUAAAUCCUACUCCGGUCGCGAGUUCGACGACCUGCCCCUUCACGAGCAGCGCGCCGCCUGCGCAAAGGCCCGUCUCUUCUCCCGUGUAGAACCCGCCCACAAGUCCAAGAUCGUUGAAUUCUUGCAGAGCAUGAACGAAAUCUCCGCUAUGACUGGUGACGGUGUGAACGACGCCCCCGCUCUGAAGAAGGCCGAAAUUGGUAUCGCCAUGGGUUCAGGAACCGCUGUAGCCAAAUCCGCUGCUGAGAUGGUGCUCGCUGACGACAACUUCUCAUCCAUCGUAGCUGCUGUUGAGGAAGGUCGUGCCAUCUACAACAACAUGAAGCAAUUCAUCCGUUACUUGAUCUCUUCCAACAUCGGUGAGGUCGUCUCCAUCUUCUUGACAGCCGCUCUUGGUCUCCCUGAAGCUCUUAUCCCCGUGCAACUCCUAUGGGUCAACUUGGUCACUGACGGUCUACCCGCUACCGCCCUCGGUUUCAACCCACCUGACUUGGACAUCAUGGACAAACCACCCAGGAAAGCUGAUGAGGGUCUGAUCUCCGGAUGGCUGUUCUUCAGAUACAUGGCUAUUGGUGGAUACGUGGGUAUGGCGACUGUCGGUGCCGCGUCCUGGUGGUUCAUGUACUCGCCCUUCGGACCACAGAUGAGCUACUGGCAACUCACUCACCACUUGCAGUGCCUUGGUGGUGGAGAAGACUUUAAGGGAAUCGACUGCAAGAUCUUCACCGACCCCCACCCCAUGACCAUGGCUCUCUCCGUACUUGUCACCAUUGAGAUGUUGAACGCCAUGAACAGUUUAUCGGAGAACCAGUCACUGGUAUCUAUGCCCCCAUGGUCGAACAUGUGGCUCGUUGGCUCCAUGGCCCUGUCCUUCACUCUUCACUUCGUCAUCUUAUACGUUGAAGUUCUAUCGGCCGUUUUCCAAGUGACGCCGCUGUCGAUGGACGAGUGGGUCACCGUGAUGAAGUUCUCCAUCCCCGUGGUGCUGCUCGACGAGGUGCUCAAGUUCGUCGCGCGCAAGAUCUCCGACGCCACGACGUGGAAGGUGUAA